AUGGCCGCCCUGGAAGUUCCAUUCGACGACGUGGUGCUUCACUGCGACUCCAAGAUCGUUCUGUGCUGGCUCAAGAAACCUCCAUCGGCACUGAAGCACCGAUGUGCUCUCCCGGGAGCGCUGCCGGAAGACCUGCUGGAGCACGAGCUUUGGGAGGACGGCGCACCUGAGUUGUGGGAACACCAGCUACCAGAGGACCUGUCCGAGCCGUUCGACGAGUCCCAACUACCAGAACUCAAGCCGGCGAUCGUCCUGACGGUCGUCAACCCGAAACCAGCGAUCGACUUUACGAGAUGCAGCAACUACCGACGACUGCAGCGGUCGUGGGUGUACGUCGAGCGCUACAUCAACCUGGCGGUGCACAAGCGGCGCGAAACAUCUGGCAUCUCGGCGGACGAGGUGGCCCGAGCAGAAAACCAUCCUUGCGGUGGUCCAAAACAACACUCGUGGUCCAAUCUGGCGCCGUUCCUUGGAGAGGACGGUCUCAUCCGAGUCGGUGGCCGUUUGAAGUAUUCAGCGAUACCCUACGACGGCAAGCAUCAGGUGCUCCUACCUGACGGCCACCACGUCACGAAGAUCCUGGUUCGCAAGCUGCACGAAGAGAACUUCCACGUUGGCCAAAACGGACUGUUGGCCAUCGUUCGCGAACGCUACUGGCCCUUGCGAGCAGGUCUGCUGAUCAAACAAGUCGUUACGAAGUGCCAAAUAUGUCGCAGACAGAACCCAAAGCCUGGUAGUCAGUUUAUGGGCAACCUACCAGGAUACCGGAUCAACCCCGCGCCACCUUUCUCCAAGGUGGGCAUCGACUACGCUGGUCCGUUCAUGCUGAAGACCGGAGGACGAGGAUCAAGGCUGCAGAAGGCGUACGUGGUCGUCUUCGUAUGCAUGGUGGUGAAGGCCAUCCAUUUCGAGCUCGUGACCAACCUCUCAACCGACAACUUCAUCGCCGCGCUGCAGCGAUUCGCUAGCCGACGUGGGCUCCCCAGCGACAUCCAUUCGGACAACGCCACUUGCUUCGCCGGUGGCAACAACGAGCUUGCAGCCCUUCGAGAACUGUUCAACAGUCAACUGCACAAGAACAAGCUGGAGGAAUUUUGCAGUCUCAAGGGCAUCCGCUGGCACUUCAUUCCACCGAGAAGCCCCCACUUCGGAGGGAUUUGGGAGGCAGGAGUGAAGUCCAUGAAACACCACAUGAAGCGGGUCGUCGGCGAGACCAAGCUCACGUACGAGGAGAUGACGACGUUCCUGGCACAGACGGAGGCCAUCCUCAACUCCCGGCCCCUGUGCCCGAUGUCUGAAGACCCGAACGAUUUGACGGUGCUGACGCCGUCGCACUUCCUGAUCAGCCGGUCUGGAGUGGCUCUACCGGAACCGUCGUACGCGGAUGAGAAAGUCGGACGUCUUAGCAGAUGGCAACACAUCCAGUACAUGCAGCAACAUUUUUGGAAAAGAUGGUCUGGCGAGUACCUCCAUCAGCUGCAAGGACGACCGAAGUGGAACGCUGGAGUCAAGGAGUUCAAGGUUGGUGAGCUGGUCCUGCUGAUCGACGAGAACUUGCCUCCGCAGCAGUGGCGGCGCGGACGGAUCGUCGCUACACACCCCGGAGAAGACGGCGCUGUCAGAGUGGUGACAGUGAAAACUGCAACGAGCGAGUUCAAGCGAGCAAUCACCAAGGUUGCUUUGAUGCCUUCGGUUGAGCCUGACGCCUCAACGGGGGGAGAAUGUUUGGGCACACUGCCCAAGGAAAAGUAG